GCGAGCAGACGCGCGCGAUGGAGGGCGAGAGCGGGAGCCCAUGGGCUCUCGGGCUGCUGCGCACCUUCGACGCCGGCGAGUUCGCGGGCUGGGAGAAAGUCGGCUCGGGCGGCUUCGGGCAGGUGUACAAGGUGCGCCACGUCCACUGGAAGACGUGGCUCGCCAUCAAGUGCUCGCCCAGCCUGCACGUCGACGACAGGGAGCGCAUGGAGCUUCUGGAAGAAGCCAAGAAGAUGGAGAUGGCCAAGUUUCGUUAUAUUCUGCCCGUGUAUGGCAUCUGCCAGGACCCCGUCGGCCUGGUCAUGGAGUACAUGGAGACGGGCUCCCUGGAGAAGCUGCUGGCCUCCGAACCGCUGCCGUGGGAUCUGCGCUUCCGCAUCAUCCAUGAGACCGCGGUGGGCAUGAACUUCCUGCACUGCAUGGCCCCACCACUCCUCCACCUGGACCUCAAGCCAGCAAACAUCCUGCUGGACGCCCACUACCAUGUCAAGAUUUCCGAUUUUGGGUUGGCCAAGUGCAAUGGGCUGUCCCACUCGCACGACCUCAGCAUGGAUGGCCUCUUUGGCACCAUUGCCUACCUCCCUCCAGAGCGCAUCCGAGAGAAGAGCCGGCUCUUUGACACCAAGCACGAUGUGUACAGCUUCGCCAUCGUGAUGUGGGGCGUGCUUACCCAGAAGAAGCCGUUUGCAGACGAGAAGAACAUCCUGCAUAUUAUGGUUAAAGUGGUGAAGGGCCACCGCCCGGAGCUGCCGCCCGUCUGCAGAUCCAGGCCACGCGCCUGCAGGAACCUCAUGCGCCUCAUGCAGAGGUGCUGGCACGGGGAUCCGCGUGAACGACCCACCUUCCAAGAAAUUACUUCUGAAACCGAGGACCUGUGUGAAAAACCUGACGAGGAGGUGAAAGAGACAACUCAGGAUCUGGACGUGAAAAACCCACCGGAGCCCAGGAUCGAGGCGCCCGUGCCCACGCCCCUCAAGCGAGCCUCCGCCCCGACCUUCGAUGACGACUACAGCCUCUCCGAGCUCUUGUCUCAGCUGGACUCGGGCAUCUCUCAGACCCUCGAGGGCCCGGAAGAGCUCAGCCGCAGCUCCUCCGAGUCCAAGCUUCCCUCGGCCGGCAGCGGCAAGCGGCUCUCGGGCGUGUCUUCCGUGGACUCUGCCUUUUCCUCCAGGGGGUCGCUGUCUUUGUCCUUCGAGCGGGAACCCUCGACGGGUGAUCUCGGCGCGACAGACGUCCAGAAGAAGAAGCUCGUGGACGCCGUCGUGAAUGGGGACACCAGCAGGCUGAUGAAGAUCCUGCAGCCCCAGGAUGUCGACCUGGUUUUGGAGGGCGGCGCCAGCCUGCUGCACCUGGCUGUGGAGGCCGGGCAGGAGGAGUGUGUGAAGUGGCUUCUCCUGAAUAACGCCAACCCGAACCUGACCAACAGGAGGGGCUCGACCCCCCUGCACGUGGCUGUGGAGAAGAGGGUGCGGGGCAUCGUGGAGCUCCUGCUGUCCCGGAAGAUCAGCGUCAACGCCACGGAUGAGGACCAGUGGACGGCCCUCCACUUUGCAGCCCAGAACGGGGACGAGUGCAGCACGCGGCUGCUCCUGGAGAAGAAUGCCUCCAUCAACGAGGUGGACUUUGAGGGCCGGACGCCCAUGCACGUGGCCUGCCAGCACGGGCAGGAGAGCAUCGUGCGCAUCCUGCUGCGCCGAGGUGUCGACGCAGGCCUGCAGGGGAAGGACGCCUGGGUGCCACUGCACUACGCCGCCUGGCAGGGCCACCUGCCCAUCGUCAAGCUGCUGGCGAAGCAGCCGGGGGUGAGCGUGAACGCCCAGACGCUGGACGGGAGGACGCCGCUGCACCUGGCCGCCCAGCGGGGGCACUACCGCGUGGCCCGCAUCCUCAUUGACCUGCGCUCCGACGUCAACGUCGGCAACCUGCUGGCGCAGACGCCCCUGCAUGUCGCCGCAGAGACGGGCCACACGAGCACUGCCAGGCUGCUCCUGCAUCGGGGCGCCAGCAGGGAGGCGGUGACCGCAGAGGGCUGCACCGCCCUUCACCUGGCUUCCCGGAAUGGGCACCUGGCGACCGUCAAGCUGCUCGUGGAGGAGAAGGCCGACGUGCUGGCCCGGGGGCCCCGGAACCAGACGGCGCUGCACCUGGCCGCCGCCAGCGGCCACGCAGAGGUAGUGGAGGAGUUGGUCACUGCCGAUGUGCUCAACCUGGCCGACGAGCAGGGGCUCAGCGCGCUGCACCUGGCCGCCCAGGGCAGGCACACCAAGACAGUGGAGAUGCUGCUUAAACACGGGGCCCACGUCAACCUGCAGAGCCUCAAGUUCCAGGGCGGGCACAGCCCGACCGCCACGCUCCUCCGGCGAAACAAGACCUAGCCUGCUGCCCUCGGAGACCGGGACCCGUGCGGGGUUCUUGUGUCAUCCGUGUGUUUCGCUGCGGGGACGGAAUGACGCCACACUGGUUGGCUUCGCUCGCCAUGUCGGUGGCCUGGCAGAACACUGACCAAGCGGGCCGUCAAGAGGCAGGUGGCGGCUGACUCGUGCUUCGUGCCGGGCAUCUGCGUGGGCGUGUUACCCUCUGAGUGAAGUCGGUUAGAAUGUGCUUGACGCAUCCGCCCAUCAGGGCGCCCGGUGUCAGAGGGACGAUGGGUCAGACUCAUUUCGUUGGGCUCCUCGCUCCUCAUGUUGGCCUCUCAGUGACAGAGCCGUGGGCAAGGUGGGUCUGCCUUGUCCUGAGCCGAGCCCCCAUGAUUGCUCGGAGCAGCCGCCGGGGAAGCCGUGCGGGACAAGCUGUCCUUUAUCUUCGUGUGCGGUGGCAGGCAACGCAGCCUGUUUCAGAAAGUUUAGUGGGAUUCUUGUUUUCAUAGAAUAUCUCUACUAGGUGGACACCAUAUCAGCUGUUGCUUUAUACCUGUUAAAAAUGUUCCUGUCAUUGGAUAGUCUAGUCUGUGAGGAAUGAGUGUAAAGUAAUAAGGUUGGUUUUUGAAACAAAAACAGUAAUCUUACCAGCUCUUAUAUAUCCAAAUUCGGCCUUCAGUCAGUCCGCAUGGGUGCCACACACGUAGCCCGACCGUGCUUCUUGCUCUCGGUCAUUUCUUAUGGCAUAAAAAGUAUUUUGAACGCUAGAGCCAAGAACCUCCGUUUUGGACUAAAAACAGUGUUACCAAGGUGGAUGAACUGC